GUCGUGAUCCACUGAGGACUUAAAUAGGAGUGACCUCCGGGUAGACCGAGAAGUGGGAGAGAGAGAGAAAGAGAAAGCAAGCAGUCCAAACUACCGUGUGAACAUGUCUGAGCCUAUUCGAGUUCUGGUGACCGGUGCUGCUGGGCAGAUCGCCUAUUCCCUGCUGUUCAGCAUUGCCAAGGGAGAUGUCUUUGGCAAAGAGCAGCCAGUCGUCUUGCUCCUCUUGGACAUUACGCCCAUGUUGCCCGUCCUGGAUGGCGUUGUGAUGGAGCUGCAGGACUGUGCCCUCCCACUUCUGAGAGAGAUCGUCUCCACCGACAAGGAGGACGUGGCCUUCAAGGACCUGGACGUGGCCAUCUUGGUGGGCUCCAUGCCCAGGAGGGACGGCAUGGAGAGGAAGGACCUGCUCAAAGCCAACGUGGCCAUCUUCAAGAGUCAGGGCGCUGCUCUGGAGAAGUACGCCAAGAAGACCGUGAAGGUGCUGGUUGUAGGAAACCCUGCCAACACCAACUGUCUGAUUGCAGCCAAGUCUGCUCCCUCCAUCCCCAAGGAGAACUUCUCCUGCCUCACCCGGCUGGACCACAACAGGGCUCGCUCUCAGGUGGCGAUGCGCUGUGGCGUCCCCGCCACCAACGUGAGGAACGUGAUCAUCUGGGGCAACCACUCGUCCACCCAGUACCCAGACGUGCACCACUGCGUGGUCAACAUGUCCGGGAGCGAGCUCGCCUGCUUUGAGGCGGUCAAGGACGACGCCUGGCUUAAAGGAGACUUCAUCGCGACUGUGCAGCAGAGAGGCGCUGCAGUCAUCAAGGCCAGGAAGCUGUCCAGUGCCAUGUCUGCAGCCAAGGCCAUCUGUGACCACAUGAGGGACAUCUGGUCGGGUUCCCCCGAGGGCGAGUUCAUCUCCAUGGGUGUUUACUCCUCUGGCAACUCCUACGGAGUCCCAGAAGACCUCAUCUACUCAUUCCCGGUCCAGAUCAAGGGCAAGACCUGGAAGAUCGUGGACGGCCUGGCCAUAAAUGACUUUUCCAAAUCAAAGAUGGACGCCACUGCAGUGGAGCUGAUUGAGGAGAGGGACACAGCUGUGACUUUCCUGGGAGUAUGACUAGACCCCGAGAGGCCACCCAACCAACACUUAGACGGACGCAAAACUCCAGACGCACGCUUGUGAUAAAGCACUCCACCUGUUUGUGUUUGUGUUUGUGUGUGUGUGAGAGAGAGCGAGUCGGUGUUUAUGAGUGUAAAGUUAGAUUUAUACUUGUGCGUUGGGAGGUAUAAAAACUAAACAUUAGCACAUAUUUACGGAGAUGUCGAGCGAGAGACGUGAUUCGCUCAUGAUUUCCUUCUGACGCACGAGUACCACUCCACCCUUAAGUGUACAGUGUCAACUGAAAGUCCACCUAUUUUGACAGCAGCUAUUUUCCAAUAAGUCUUUCUCUGAAUGGUUAUUACAUAUGUUUUGUCAUCGAUGCACUGAGUCCUCAAACACUGGAAUGGAUCACUUUUUAAAGCUGAACAAUAAAACAUUAAACGGUU